AUACAUUACCACAAUAGCAAAAAAACAAGCAUAAAUAAAAAGCACUAACUUAGUCGGCAAAUAUAGUCAAAUACAACAAACCUGAACAGUCUCUUUCUUCUUCUACUUUCUCUUUCUCUUGAAAUUGAAAUUCAAAAAAGUGAGGUGAUGAGUCAUGAUAUAAUAAUAAUACCAUAGUCGCCACCACCCUCUCUCUCUCUCUCUCUCUAUAUCUCAACUCACUCUCGCCGCCGCCACGCACCACCGCGCCUCGGGGCUGUCGCCGCCUUUAUGAAUCGGAGCAGCUAUGGGCGGAGUCACAUCAUCGAUCGCCGCCAAGUUCGCCUUCUUCCCGCCGCAACCGCCGUCGUACACGGUGGUGGCUGUUUCUGAAACCACCGCCGCCUCAGAAAGUUCUUCUCCUCCGCCGACGAGGUUUUCCAUUCCCGAGGUUCCGAGGAAGGAUAACGUGGAUGUGCUGAAGCUUCGGACUCGCCGUGGUAACGAAAUCGUGGCGAUGUAUGUGAAGUACCAUAAACCCACCUGCACCUUGCUCUACUCUCAUGGAAAUGCCGCUGAUUUGGGUCAGAUGUUUGAGCUCUUCGUUGAAUUGAGCAACAGGCUUCGACUCAAUGUUAUGGGUUAUGAUUACUCUGGUUAUGGGCAGUCCACAGGAAAGCCUACUGAAUGUAAUACAUACGCAGAUAUUGAUGCUGCUUAUAAAUGCCUAAAAGAGCAAUAUGGGGUGAAAGAUGAAAAAUUGAUAUUGUAUGGUCAAUCUGUUGGUAGUGGUCCCACGCUUGAUCUUGCCUCACGGGUACCGGAAUUGAGAGGUGUUGUGUUGCAUAGUCCAAUUUUGUCUGGGCUCAGAGUACUAUACCCUGUAAAACGGACAUAUUGGUUUGAUAUUUUCAAGAAUAUUGAUAAAAUUGGUAUGGUCAAAUGUCCUGUAUUGGUUAUACAUGGGACAUCAGAUGAAGUUGUAGAUGUGUCCCAUGGCAAGCAACUCUCGGAGCUUUCCAAGGUAAAGUAUGAACCCUUAUGGGUAAGUGGUGGUGGACAUUGUAACCUUGAGCUUUACCCAGAAUUCAUUAAACAUCUAAAGAAAUUUGUACUAUCAAUUGGAAAAUCUAAAGCAACUGCAAAUGGUUCCUCUGAAAAGGAUAGAAAAGAAUCUGAGAAUCAAGGUAAAGAUAGCAAAGAAUCAGAAAGUGGAACUUCAUGUACAACAGAAUUGAGUACAGAACAUCCUGAAGUUUCUAGAAACAGUUUAGAUAGCCGUCUUGAAAAGUCUAAAAAAUCAGACAAACCAGAAAAAUCUCGAAUGAGCACAGACCACGUUGAUAGGUUUAGGAGAAGAAAGAGAUUAGUUUGGUAGUCUCUAACAGGAAUUGUAUCCAGAAUAAUGCAUCUGGUAGUGUCCACUUGGCUGUUAAUUUAAUCCACUCAGAUAACGAUGCCAGUUCUAAAAUGAAUAUAUCGAGUUAUUCUGUUUUAUUACCUUGACACUUCGGUAAAAAUGUCGAAGCCAUGUGUUUGUGAUCACUAGUUCAAGUUUUGGAAACAGCCUCAUGUAAAGAUGUACAAUAGACUGAGUGGUCGGACCGUGAGCAUAGCAUAGCGGGAGCUUUCAUGUUCCGCUUUUAUUCUGCUUUAUUUCCUCCUUCAUAUCCACAAGUCAGCUGUAUGUUAAAUGGUUGAAAGUAAUUUGUAUUUGUAUGGCCUGUAAAAUCAACAUCUUGAUCUAUAUGCAAUCAUGAAGAUAAUUUGUUUUAGUAAA